UGGAAUUUUGUUUUUGCUUUGUUUGAUAUGUGGACAAGUUACGUGCAAUCAUUUAGAACGUGAGUGCAUCAGUGAAGGUGACUACUCAGUCCCCUUCCACCGCUGCUCUUUCAUAUUGAACAGCCUUAAACCGGUUCAUAUCUACCCAGUAGCUAGCUAGAUAGGCAUCAUUUGUUCUUCAACUAUUUUUCCUGAUUUGGUGAUGCUUAAUGGGGUCCUGUAACUUCUGGUUUUUGUGGUCAUCAGCAUAUCUUCUAUUUCUCAUACAACUUCACCCAACUUCAGUGGAAUCAUCAUCAGCUGAUGACCAGAAGAGGCAGAGCUAUGGACCUUUAAUUAACGUUACUAAGCACCUCUCUUUUCCAGAUUUCAGUUUGGAUAAUCCCAGAAUUAUACACGAGAUUCAGCUUUUAGGUAGUGCCAAAGUGUCAAAGGAGAAGGGAGCUAUCCAAAUUCCAGAUGAAUCCCAAGCAACUGAUCUGAAACAUCAAGCUGGGCGAGCUAUCUACUCUUUUCCAAUCCGUCUUCUUGAUCCACUCACUGCAACUCCUGCUUCCUUUGAGACUACCUUCUCUUUUCAAUUUACCAACUCCACUACUUCCAACCUUAGUUCCACAUACAACCUUACUGGCGCUGGAGGCAGUGGCCUCACCUUCAUUAUCGUCCCGGAUGAGUUCACUGUAGGUAGGCCUGGACCUUGGCUUGCCAUGCUUAAUGAUGCUUGUGAGGACAACUACAAAGCAGUUGCUAUUGAAUUUGAUACUCGUCAGAAUCCAGAAUUUGGAGAUCCAAAUGACAACCAUAUAGGCAUCGAUCUUGGCAGCAUAGUGUCCACAAUAACUAUUAAUGCUUCGGAUGUUGGUAUCUCCCUGAAGGAUGGCUCUCUUCACCAAGCUUGGAUUUCAUAUAAUGGUCCUCGCCGUUGGAUGGAUAUACGUCUUGCGUCUAAACCCAUCUUCUCCGGUUUUCUUGAUCUCUCUCCUUUUCUCAAUGAAUAUAUGUUCGUUGGAUUCUCUGCUUCUACGGGAAAUUUGACUCAAAUCCAUAAUAUCUUAUCCUGGAACUUCACCUCCAUCAGCCAAGCCUCGCUUCUCGUACCUUCUGUGGAAACAUGCGAGAGUAAGAUUACUCGACGAACUGGCAUUGUUGAUCUUCAAACUUCACAGGCAAAAAGCUCAAAGAAAGCAGAACCCUCGAGUAGUUUCUUAAUUUUCAUUGCUGUAAUGGUGCUUGCUAUUGCCGUAGUUGCCAGUUUUUUCUACAAUGGAAGGCGUAGAAAUGAUCAGUCAAAUCUUAUGAUCUUGGCAGAUAAACCCCAACGUCCGCGGCCUCCCAAUAAACCCCGCCGUUUCACCUUUGCUGAAGUUUCCAUAGCUACUCGGUGUUUCCAUGAAUUGGAAGUACUGGGCAGCGAUUCCAAAGGUGUUUAUUAUAGAGGAAAGCUAUCAAAUGGUUGUCAAGUGGCUGUUAAACGUUUCUCAGCUCAAUUCUUAAACUCACAGCUGGGAUUGGAUAGGCGGCAAUUGCUCAAAGAAAUCAGUACAAUUAGCAGAGUUCGUCACCCAAAUUUAGUCCCAAUUAGAGGAUGGUGUCAGGAUAAUCGCGAAACCAUGGUUUUGUACGAUUUCUAUCCAAAUGGAAGUCUGGAUAAAUGGCUAUUCGGAGUUGGUGUGCUUCCUUGGACUCGGCGAUUCAAGGUAGUUAAAGACGUGGCUGAUGCUCUCAAUUUCCUUCACUCUAGGCAUCUGUCUCACAAGAACAUGAAAACAAGCAGCGUCUUCCUUGACGUUAGCUUCAGGGCGGGUUUAGGCGACUUUGGUUUUGUGCUUUCCCCAACAGAGUCAAGGCGGUUUGAGGCAGCUGUGAGUCAGAAGGCUGACGUGUUUGAGUUCGGCAUUUUUGUGUUGGAAGUGGUGUCUGGCAGGGGAAGAUUGGACAAUGAAGUCAGGCUGCAGGAAGAGAGGGAUUUGGUAGAUUUUGCAUGGAGAAUGCACGAGACUGAUGAGAAAGAAAGAGCGGUGGAUAGGAGGAUGGGCGCAGUUGUUAACUUGCAACAGGCCAUAAGAGUGCUGGAGAUUGGAUUGCUUUGCACAUUAAAUGAGGAUAAAGGCAGGCCUUCCAUGGAGGAAGUGAUAGCUUUUUUGAGCUUAGAUAGGCCAAUUCCUGAGUUGCCUUCAAGUCGACCCAUUGCUUUGUUUCCUUACAAUAGCGCGACUGGCCUUUGCACUGGAUAUUCUUGCUCUCCUUUCAAGUAAAAGAAGAUGACCAGGAAAUAUGGAAAAAUGAAAGAAAAUGCUUCGUCUUUUGGGUGUGGGUGUGGGUGUGGUUGUGGUUGUGUUUGUUAUUUGGAUAUUGUUUUUUUUUUGUGCAUGCACUUCAAUAUAAAAAGAAUAUGUAAACUUGGAUUUGAAUUGUAUGCUUUGUGAAAAUUUCAUGUAUAUGGUCCGAUCAUUCGAGAAUUCUAUUAGUUUAAUGCUUGUAUAGCA